AAAUACUCCAAAAGGCACCUAUUUUAACAGAAAUGAGCAUAAAAUAUCGCAAUAGUCUUGAUAUAUUCCUUGCAGAAAACCCCAAAAUUGGUGAGAACAGGAUGCUUGGACAGUUGAGAAUAUUGACACUAUACAAAGUACGAGAGCUCCAAUCCAUCAAGUCACGGGAAUCAUCAUGGUUGAACACAAUCAGUGAGAAGCUCCAAGAAUUAAAUGUUUUCGAAUGUCCGGAUUUGUCAGCAUUAGUACAUUCUACUGCUACAAUAUCUUUCUCUUGUCUGAAAAGAGUGUCUAUAUCCAACUGUCCCCAACUGCAAUAUUUAUUUACAUCAUUCAUGGCAAAAAAGCUAAUGAACCUUGAGGAGAUAACAAUCAAGGAAUGUGAAUCAGUGAAAGAAAUAGUUGCUAAACAGGGAGAUUCAACUUCAGAAGCCAUUAAAUUUGAGCGGCUCAACACCAUUGUUGUCGAUUCUUUACCAAGUCUUAUAUGUUUUUAUUCAGACAGUGAUACUCUGCAAUUACCAUCUUUGAUAAAAGUGCAUAUAUGGCAAUGCCCCAAUUUGAAGUAUUUUUCCCAAGGAGCCAUAGAUGCAAAAUCCUUUUUGGGAGUUCAGAUGUCGCUGGAUACAAGUGAUGAUUUGUUCUUCCACAAAGAUCUUAAUGCCACUAUAAGAGAAAUGUUCCAACAACAUGAAUUUUUUAAAUCUGUGGACAAGGAGUGUUUUUCUGAUGAUCAUGAGCUUGGAGCAUACUGGCAUGGUAAGGUUGUUUCACAAAGUAAAUGGUUGAGCAAUGUGUUAAUUUUGAAGCUGGACAAGUGUACUCUACCAUAUGCAAUUCCAUCUGGUAUUCUUCCUUGUUUAAAGAACUUAAGAGAGUUGGAAGUACGGUAUUCUGACAAAGUAAAGGGAAUUUUUGAAGUGAAUGACAUUGAGAUAAUGGAUACAGCAUCCCAGCUGAAGAUAUUGACAUUAGAAGGGCUAUCGGAGCUGACACAUGUUUGGGAAAAGAAUAGUCCAGGAGUUCCCAUCUUUCAAAAUUUGCAACAGAUUGUUGUUAGUGAUUGUGAAAACCUGCAAACUUUAAUUCCUGCUUCCUUGGCAAGAAACCUUAAGGAACUUGAGAAACUUGAAAUAGAAUUUUGUGAUAAAUUGCAAGAAAUUGUUGAAAAGGAAGAAGGCAUAGCAACAAAUGUAACAGAAAAGUUUGUGUUCCCUCAUUUAAAGAUGUUGCUCCUUUAUGACUUGCCACAGCUUACUUACUUUUGCCCUCAAACAUUCAGUCUGGAAUGUCCUGCCUUAAAUAACUUAUCUGUGUUGUAUUGUAAUAAAUUGGAGUUAUUUCAAAGAGCACAUUCCACGGGAGAGCAUGAAGGUAGUACCUCAAUUAACAGACUGCCUCCUACCUCAUUUUUAAAGGUCAUUUCCAACCUGAAGGAAUUGGAACUUGAUUGGCAGCAAAUUUCAGCAUUAAGCUUAAGGUUCAGGUCAGGGCAAUUUGCCGAAGGCCUCAAAUAUUUAAAUAAUUUUUCCCUGUUUCUUGACACUGAUGAGAAUGAGAAGCCUAUCUUGCCCAUUGAAAUACUCCAAAAAGCACCCAAUUUAACAGAAAUGAGCAUAAAAUAUAGCAAUAGUCUUGAGAUAUUCCUUGCUAAAAACCCCAAAAUUGGUGAGAGCAAGCUGCUUGGACAGUUGAGAAUAUUGACACUAUACGAAGUACUUGGUCUCCAAUCCAUCGAGUCACAGGACUCAUCAUGGUUAAACACAAUCUGUGAGAAGCUCCAAGAAUUAAAUGUUUUUGAAUGUCCAGAUUUGACAACAUUAGUACAUUCUACUGCUACAGUAUCUUUCUCUUGUCUAAAAAAAGUGUCUAUAUCCAAAUGUUCUCAUUUGCAAUUUUUGUUUACAUCAUUAGCUGCAAAAAAGCUAAUGAACCUUGAGGAGAUCUCAGUCAAGGAAUGUGAAUCAGUGAAAGAAAUAAUUGCUAAACAGGGAGUUUCAACAUCAGAAGCUAUUAAAUUUGAGCGGCUCAACACCAUUGUUCUCAAUUCUUUACCAAGUCUUACAGAUUUUUAUUCGGGCAAUGAUACCCUCCAAUUAUCGUCUUUGAUAAAAGUGCAUUUAUGGCAAUGCCCCAAUUUGAAGAAUUUUUCCAAAGGAGCCAUAGAUGCAAAAUCCUUUCAGGGAGUUCAGAAGUCAUUGGAUCCAAAUGAUGAUUUGUUCUUCCGCCAAGACCUUAAUUCCACUAUAAGAGAGAUGUUCCAACGACAGGAGAUUUUAAAAGCCGGAUAUGGGGUAUAUAUUUCUGAGUUACAUAUUGAUGUUGAUCUUCAAAAUUAUGUGUUUGAAAGUUUGGUAAUUUUGAAGCUGGACAAGUGUGCUCUACAGUAUGCAAUUCCAUCUAGUAUUCUUCCUUUCUUAAAGAACUUGGAAGAGUUGGAAGUGCAAGAUUCUGACGAAGUAGAGGGAAUUUUUGAAAUGAAUGACACUGAGAUAAUAGAGACAGCAUCCCGCCUGAAGAUAUUGACUUUAAAAGGGCUAUCGGAGCUGAAGCAUGUAUGGGAAAAUAAUAGUCAAGGAGUUCUCAUUUUUCAAAAUCUGCAACAGGUCGUUGUUAGCGGUUGUAAAAUUCUGCAAACUUUAUUUCCUGCUUUGCUGGCAAAAAAUCUUAGGGAGCUUGAGAAACUUGAAAUAGAAUCUUGUGAUAAGUUGCAUGAAAUUGUUGAAAAGGAAGAAGGCACAAGACCCAGAAACGGAUCCCGUAUUAUCACCAUUUGA